GUCUUGGCACCCUCUACCGAGACCUCCUUUGCCUGCAGCGCUGUUAUAAAGCAAAAUUGAAAAGAUGCCGCAAGAUUUCCGUGUGUCACCUGCUUGGCACGGUCCAUAGGUGUCAGGAAAGUUUUCCUGUUAGGAACCGGGCAGCACUGGCUCUUCCGGAACUUUCUGGGCGGGCAAGCCCCUCCCCUCGUCUCAGGCAACUUUUUCUCUCUGGUGUUUAGUGCUGCCCAGGACCUGCUGGGAACCUCUGGAGUCAUGGAGCCCACGGAGCUGCUCUUUUUCGUGAAUGGCAGGAAGGUGAUAGAAAAGCAUGUCGACCCUGAGAUGAUGCUGUUACCGUACCUGAGGAAGACCCUCCGACUCCCAGGCACGAAGUACGGCUGCGGAGGGGGCGGCUGUGGCGCCUGCACGGUGAUGAUCUCGCGGUUCAACCCCAGCACCAGGACCAUCAGGCAUCAUCCCGUCAAUGCCUGCCUGACCCCCAUCUGCUCGCUGCAUGGCGCAGCCGUCACCACAGUGGAAGGCAUAGGCAGCACCACCACCAGACUCCAUCCUGUUCAGGAGAGAAUUGCCAAGUGUCAUGGCACACAGUGUGGAUUCUGCACUCCCGGGAUGGUGAUGUCCAUGUAUGCCCUGCUCAGGAACCAUCCAGAGCCCACUCUAGAUCAGCUGACAGACGCCCUUGGUGGAAAUCUGUGCCGCUGCACUGGAUACAGGCCCAUAAUCGACGCAUGCAAGACUUUCUGUAAAGCUUCUGGCUGCUGUCAAAUUAAAGAAAAUGGGGUGUGCUGUAAUGGGGAUCGAGGAGUCAAUGGAUUGGCGGAAUUUCAGGAAGGCGAUGAGACAAGUCCAGAACUCUUCUCAGAAGAGGAGUUUCUGCCUCUGGAUCCAACCCAGGAGCUGAUAUUUCCUCCAGAGCUAAUGACAUUGGCUGAGAAACAGUCACCCAAGACCAGGGUGUUCAGAGGCGAGAGAAUGACGUGGAUUUCCCCAGUGACUCUGAAGGAACUCGUGGAGGUUAAAUUCAAGUAUCCCCAGGCCCCCAUCGUGAUGGGGAACACCUCUGUGGGGCCUGAAGUAAAGUUUAAAGGUGUCUUCCACCCCGUCGUAAUUUCUCCUGACAGAAUUGAAGAGAUGUGUGUUGUGAGCCAGGCCGGUGAUGGGCUGACCCUCGGUGCUGGCCUCAGCCUGGAUCAGGUGAAGGACAUUCUGGCUGAUGUGGUCCGGAAGCUUCCCGAAGAGAAGACACAGACGUACCGUGCCCUCCUGAAGCACCUCAGAACUCUGGCCGGGUCCCAGAUCAGGAACAUGGCUUCUCUAGGGGGCCACAUCGUGAGCAGACAUCUGGACUCCGAUCUGAAUCCCCUCCUGGCUGUGGGGAACUGUACCCUCAACUUAUGGUCCAAAGAUGGAGAUCGACAGAUCCCCUUAAGUGAGCAGUUUCUCCGCAAGAGUCCCGAUGCGGAUCUCAGACCUCAGGAAGUGUUGGUCUCAGUGAGCAUCCCGUGUUCCAGGAAGUGGGAGUUUGUGUCAGCCUUCCGACAAGCCCAGCGCCAGCAGAAUGCACUAGCGAUCGUCAACUCUGGAAUGAGGGUCCUCUUUAGAGAGGGCGGUGACCUCAUUAAGGAGCUUUCCAUUGUGUAUGGCGGUGUUGGUCCCACCACCGUCAGUGCUAAGAACUCCUGCCAGAAACUCAUCGGAAGGCCCUGGGAUGAAGAGAUGCUCCACACAGCGUGCAGGCUGGUUCUGAAUGAAGUCACCCUGCCAGGCUCUGCUCCCGGGGGGAAGGUGGAGUUCAAGAGGACCCUCAUUAUCAGCUUUCUCUUCAAGUUCUACCUGGAGGUGUGCCAGAGUCUAAGGAGAAUGGACCCAGCUCACUAUCCCAGCCUGGAAGUCAGGCAUGAGAGUGCAUUAGAAGAUCUUCAUUCAGCACCUCACUGGAGAACAUUAACCCACCAGAGGGUGGACCCAAAGCAGAUUCCUCAAGACCCGAUUGGGCGUCCCAUCAUGCACCUCUCCGGGAUUAAGCAUGCCACCGGUGAGGCCAUCUACUGUGACGACAUGCCUGCAGUAGACCGGGAGCUUUUCCUGACCUUUGUAACCAGUUCCAGAGCACACGCUAAGAUCGUGUCCAUGGACCUGUCAGAGGCACUCAGCCUGCCGGGCGUGGUGGACAUCAUUACUGCAGAUCAUCUUCAGGAUGCGAACACCUUUGACUCAGUGACAUUCCUGGCCACAGAUGAGGUGCAUUGCGUGGGCCAUCUGGUCUGUGCCGUGAUCGCUGAGUCUGAGACCCAGGCUAAACGGGCAGCGGAGAGAGUGAAGGUCGUCUACCAAGACCUGGAGCCGCUGAUCCUGACGAUUGAGGAAGCCGUGCGGCACAAGUCCUUCUUUGGGCCGGAAAGGAAGCUGCAGUGUGGGGAUGUGGAUGAAGCCUUCAAAAUGGCUGACCAAAUUCUUGAAGGUGAAAUACAUAUAGGAGGCCAGGAGCAUUUCUAUUUGGAAACCCAGAGCAUGCUUGUUGUUCCCAAGGGAGAGGAUGGAGAGAUUGACGUCUAUGUUUCCACACAGUAUCCCAAAUACAUACAGGAUGUAGUCGCCUCUACCUUGAAGCUGUCAGCCAACAAGGUCAUGUGUCAUGUAAGGCGUGUUGGUGGGGCGUUUGGAGGAAAAGUGGACAAAACCAGCGUCUUGGCCGCUGUGACCGCCUUUGCCGCCAGCAAACAUGGUCGCGCAGUCCGCUGCAUUCUGGAAAGAGGAGAAGACAUGUUAAUAACUGGAGGCCGCCACCCUUACCUUGGAAAGUAUAAAGUGGGAUUCAUGAAGGAUGGCCGAAUUGUGGCCCUGGACAUGGAGCAUUAUUGCAACGGAGGGAGCUCCCUGGAUGAGUCAUUAAUGGUGAUUGAAAUGGGUCUCAUGAAGCUGGAAAAUGCGUACAAGUUCCCCAACCUACGCUGCCGGGGCAGAGUCUGCAAAACCAACCUUCCAUCCAACACCGCUUUCCGUGGGUUCGGCUUCCCUCAGGCAGGACUGGUCACUGAAGUCUGUAUCACAGAAGUGGCAAUCAAAUGUGGCCUAUCCCCUGAAGAGGUUCGAACCAUAAACAUGUACAAGCCAAUCGACUGUACCCCCUACAAGCAAGAGAUCAAUGCCAAGCCCCUCCUGGAGUGCUGGAGAGAAUGCAUGGCCAAGUCUUCCUACGCUAUGAGGAAAACAGCUGUAGAGAAAUUCAACGCUGAGAAUUCCUGGAAGAAGAGGGGGCUGGCCAUGAUUCCCCUGAAGUUUCCUGUGGGUCUUUUCACAGUGGCCAUGGGACAGGCAGCCGCCCUGGUUCACGUUUACCUCGAUGGCUCAGUACUCGUCACUCAUGGUGGCAUUGAGAUGGGGCAGGGCGUCCACACUAAAAUGAUUCAGGUGGUCAGCCGUGAACUAAGGAUGCCGAUGUCCAGUGUCCACCUGCGUGGGACAAGCACAGAAACCGUCCCCAACACCAAUGCCUCUGGAGGGUCUGUGGUGGCCGAUCUCAAUGGGUUGGCAGUUAAGGAUGCCUGCCAGACUCUUCUAAAACGCCUUGAACCCAUCAUCAGCAAGAAUCCUCAGGGAACGUGGAAGGAUUGGGCACAGACGGCUUUUGACCAAAGCAUCAGCCUCUCGGCUAUCGGAUAUUUCAGGGGCUAUGAGGCGGAAAUGAACUGGGAGACAGGGGAAGGACAUCCCUUCGAGUAUUUUGUGUUUGGAGCUGCCUGCUCAGAGGUGGAAAUAGAUUGCCUGACUGGGAACCACAAGACCAUCAGAACAGACAUUGUGAUGGAUGUUGGCCACAGCAUAAACCCAGCCCUGGACAUAGGCCAGGUGGAAGGUGCAUUUGUUCAAGGAAUGGGACUUUACACCAUAGAGGAGCUGAGUUACUCCCCUCAGGGCGUUCUGUACAGCCGUGGCCCAAACCAGUACAAAAUCCCCACCAUCUGCGACAUCCCCACAGAGAUGCACGUCUCUUUCCUGCCCCCGUCUGAGCACUCGAACACCCUGUAUUCCUCUAAGGGUCUAGGAGAGUCUGGGGUGUUCCUGGGUUGUUCGGUGUUUUUUGCCAUCCAUGAUGCAGUGAGCGCAGCAAGACAGGAGAGAGGCAUCUCUGGACCACUGAGGUUCAAAAGUCCACUGACUCCAGAGAAGAUCCGCAUGGCCUGUGAAGAUACCUUCACAAAAAUGAUUCCAAGGGAUGAACCUGGUUCCUUUGUUCCCUGGAGCAUCCCUGUGUGAGUCAGAUGCGAACUGCAGGGACUGGGUCCACCCGUCUGCAGGAUGCACCUCCCGGUCUCUCUGCUGGAAGAUGGUAACGAUUAAAGCCAGAUUUUCACAGCCCGGAAUCAUCCACAGCUGAUUUUCAUGAAGCCGAUUAGGAAGUUUCACUUCAGGAUGCUCCAAACAUACCUAAGCAAUUAUAAAUCUUCUUGUAAAUCGCACAGAUAUUAAAUUGUUUCCUCUGAA